AUGCCUUUUGAUACUGAAGAUAAGGCGGGGACGAGAGCUCGUAAGGCGAAGAAGUCAACAAGGACACUACCGUUAUCUUACAAACACUCCGAAAACUCCCUCCUUCUUCUAACUUGCUCAGUAUGCGUUUCUCUGUCGUUGAAUUGCGUGCUUCAGUUCUUCUUCUACUUCGACAUAUUGACCAUGUUCUCAUUCCUCGUCAGAGGAUUUGUCUAUGACGUUUUAGCGUUCGUGCCGACAUGGGUAUUUUAUCUCACGCAUCCGGUAUUCAAAUCGAUUACUGUCGUGAAGCAUCGAUCAGCUGCCGUUGUUUCUAAUUUUUGA